AUGGAAUGCUUGCCGAGAAAAGAGGAAGAAAUUGCUGAUGAAACGAAAUCUUCUGAAAGAAAAAAUGCUGAUCUUGAAAACAGAAGACAAAAUUCAGAAAAAUCAUCUUCUUCUUCUUCUCGAAAAUCUUCCCUCGCAUCUAGUAGCACCAAAUCGCAGCCCUCCUUGUUGAUCCCCAAAACGCCCGAUCUUCUUGACAGUAAAAACGAAGAUGAAAACAACAAUCGAUUCUUUGACAAUCAAGAAGAAUUUGAAAAAGAACACAAGUCUAAGUUCGAUUCUAUCAGACAAAAGUUCAAUCAGCCUGGAGAGUAUCACCUGACAGGUUCAAUUUCAAAGAGAGGGAUGAAUCUUGGAAAGUACGACACGCUUCCGAGACCAAAAAAGCCAGCAAAACCGGUCAAAAAAGAAAUUUUGCCGGAGAAAAGGGUCGAGCAGUCCCCUGAAACAAGUCCCAAAGAAGAUAUUCCAAACUCGGAGCCUCCGAAAAGCCCAAUUAUGGAGCAGCUUGAUGGAAAUAUGGACGACCUUGCAAAACUUCUCAAAACGCUCGAUUUUUAA